CCAAGCGCUCCCCGGAGUCCAGCCACAUCCAACGCUCAACCAAUCACAGCACGCCCCCUGUUUCUGUUGGAAGUCUGUUUGUUGACAUUCUUCUUGGCGAGCUGUCACCCACCUGUCAGUCCUUGGAGUCCUUUUCCUCUCAAGGUCAGUCACUGCUCUGUCUGUUCUUACUGCCUUUAUUCUUCUCCGAAGCUCAAGCCAGUUUUAAUAUGAUGGAUCAUUGGGACUCAUUUGAUGAUUUCUACUCUGACAUAAAUUUUGUAUCAGAUUUUCAUGAUGACGAAAACUCGGUUGAAUUAGAAAUCAAUAAACACAUGAAUCUACUGGAUGACAGUAGUCAUGACUCAGCAGCUGCGGAUGGACAUCCUCUUUAUGAACAUGAAACGCUCUCGAAUGAAAUACCAAAAAUCGUUGACAGAAUCACUAUGGAUGAAGUUAGGCAGGAAGUGACAGAGGACCUUAAGCAGGUUCAGGAAAAAAUUGUCUUUGAAAAUGAGUGCUAUUUUACGAAAUUACAUAGUAAAAAGCAGCAAAUGGAGUCAUCUGAGGAUGACAGCACAAGCAGCAGUGCAUAUCAUUCGGCCCUAAGCACCCUAAGUGGUGUGAGCUUAGAUGAGUCAUCGGACAAGUUGGAGAGGAAAACCAAAGUAACCAAAAAAUCUAAGAAAACUAAAUUUCGUCCGUUAAAGGAAAAAGAAUCCACUGGAUUCAGCUCAGUGUUAAAGCAAGAAGAAUGGCGUCCCUUAGAAGAAGAAAGGGGACUUUCCACCAUGGACUUCCCUCGAUUAUAAAUAUUGUUGUUAAUGUUAUCAUGUUGUACCUGAAACCUAAAUCUAGUUCCUGCAUUUUGUAAAGGUUUUCAUGUUCCUCAAUUUGUUCUCAUUUUCUUAAUAUGUCAUGAUAUGUCAGUUGUUAUUGGAGGUUUGGAUGACUAACUUCCUAUAUAGCAUGUUUAUAAUUUAUAUGUUUGUUUUAAAAUUAAAAACAGAUAUGUGAGUA